GUUUCCAUUUCAGAAAUCUGGUCACCUUAUAAUAACAUGAAAAAUUACUUGAAUAAUACAAACAUAAUACACAGUUAAUAUAAUAAAGUAAAUAUUUGGACAUUGUUAUAGCCUGAGCUAUGGUUUAUUGACCUGCAGGGGGCAAUCUAUUCCCGGUUGACUUGGCUUAAAUACAGCAAAGAAGAAGAUGUUAGUUGUAGAUUUAAUCCACCUGUGACUCUGUGACAUGUGUGUGUGUACUGGUUGCUGAUAGUUCCUCCUGAGUAAAAGUCUUCAUCUUGACCAGAUUCAUCUUGUCUCUCUCUCAAGUUAUUACAUUUUGGCGACGAGGAUGAAAACAAGGAAAAGGAAGUUUUGAAAAGCUGGAUCCAUACAAGUGGGAGCUUUGGAAAAGAAGAUGGCCAAUAUGGUAGGAACAGUCACACCAUUUGAUAGUCAGUCGCAGUCUUGGGAAGAGUAUUGUGAAAUCUUGCAACAUUUCUUCGAGGCAAAUGAGAUUACAGAAGCAGCCAAGCAAAAAGCUAUACUGUUAAGCACUGUAGGAAGUCAAACAUACAGUCUACUGAGGAAUUUAUUGAGUCCAGUUAAACCAGGAACAAAGACUUUUGAGGAAUUAGUGGAUUUACUGAAAGAGCAUUUCAAUCCAAAACCCAGUGAAAUUGUACAACGGUUUAAAUUCAAUUCAAGAUCAAGAGAAGAAGGGGAAAGUGUUCUUGAAUAUGUGGCAGUAUUGAGGAAAUUGGCACAUGAUUGUAAUUACGGAGAAAAAUUAACAGAGAUGCUACGGGAUAGACUGGUAUGUGGAAUAAAUGAUGACCGUAUUCAACGUAGACUGCUGGCAGAAUCAGAGUUAACGUUUGAGAAGGCGUUGAAAAUAGCGCAAGCAUUGGAAACAGCCAAUAAAGAUGUAAAGGAUUUGCAAGCUCAACGUUCAGAAACAUCUACUGCAAUGAGAGUGCAUAAAACCUCAGUAAAACAAGAUAGUCAAGGUAGAGCUUGUUACAGAUGUGGGAAUUUGCAACAUUUGGCCAAUGAGUGCAGAUUUAUUUCAGAGAAAUGCCACAAAUGUGGGAAACAAGGACAUAUAAUGAAAGUAUGUAGAUCAACAAGUUCCAUCAGAGAAACAACAUUUCAAGGGGGAGAAAGACGCAAGCAAGUUGUGGCCAGAGGAGGACAGAGAUCACAUUAUGUCAGCAGAGAGGAAAAAAGUGAAUCUGAUGAAGAAGGUAUUUUUACAGUGCACAGUUUGAAAGAAACAGAGAUUCCUAAGGUCGCUCCUCUGACUAUCACAUUGGCUGUAAAUGAUUUCAAGAUACCUUUUGAAGUGGAUACAGGCUGUGGUGUGACCGUAAUUAAUGGAUCAAAUUUUUCCAAAUUGUGGGAAGAACAUAAAAAGCCAGAAUUAAAGACCUGUUCUUUGAAGUUAAAAACUUAUACUGGCCAAGCCUUACCAGUGUUGGGUUCUGUGCAAGUGGUCGUCAGACACAAGGGAACUGUGAAGGAAUUGCCAGUAGUGGUAGUGCCUGGAACAGGACCCAAUUUAUUGGGCAGAGGGUGGAUCAAGGAAUUGGGCAUGAAAUGGGAGGCCAUACACAAGAUUCAAGGGGUUGAAAAGUUAACCUUGCCUGAUGUACUUAGCCACCAUACAGAAUUGUUCAAGGAGGAGUUGGGUGAAUUGAAAGGUCCACCAGCCAAGAUUUAUGUGGACAAAGAAGCCACUCCCAGAUUUUUCAAAGCCAGACCAGUUCCUUAUGCAAUGAAAGCAAAGGUAGAAGUUGAAAUAGAACGCCUGCUAAGAAACAACAUCAUAGAACCUGUUAAACAUUCUGAAUGGGCUGCACCUGUAGUGCCAGUUUUAAAGCCUGAUAAUACAGUACGACUGUGCGGCGAUUACAAGCUAACAGUAAAUCGAGUUUCAAAGUUGGAACAGUACCCCAUCCCUCGAUUAGAUGAUCUGUUUGCGACAUUGUCAGGAGGACAGAAGUUCACUAAACUGGAUAUGAGUCACGCUUACCAUCAGAUUGCAUUAGAUGAAGAGUCUAAGAAAUAUGUCACAGUGAAUACCCAUAAAGGGCUGUUUACUUACCGUGUUUUACCCUUUGGAGUUUCUUCUAGUCCUGCUAUCUUCCAAAGGACCAUUGAGGGAGUACUGCAAGGUCUUCCUUAUGUGGCAGUUUUCCUGGAUGACAUCUUGGUGACCGGUCGCAAUGAUGAGGAGCAUCUCCAAAUGCUGGCCAGGGUAUUGGAAAGGUUGCAGGAAGCAGGACUGCGUUUGAAACGGAGUAAAUGUACUUUCAUGGAAAAAGAGGUAAUGUUUUUGGGUCAUAAAGUAGAUGAGACCGGCCUACACCCAGUACCAGAAAAAGUGACUGCUAUUCAAAAUGCUCCCUCGCCAAAGACUGUGACUGAGUUGAAGGCCUAUUUGGGACUGUUAAACUAUUAUAACAAAUUUUUGCCCAACCUGUCUACUGUGUUAGCCCCAGUGCAUAUGAUGCUGCGAAAAAAUGCAAAAUGGAAAUGGGGUGAAGAACAAGAAGCUGCUUUUGUGCAAUCUAAAAAAAUGAUCCAAUCAGUACAAGUUCUGGUCCAUUAUGAUCCCCAGAAGGAUGUGAUUUUAUCAUGUGAUGCUUCUCCUUAUGGCUUAGGUGCAGUUCUUUCGCAUAAGAUGACCGAUGGUAGCGAAAGACCCAUUGGAUUUAUGUCACGGACAUUGAAUCAAGCUGAGCGGAAUUAUUCGCAGUUGGACAAGGAAGGAUUGGCUGUAAUGUUCGGCUUACAACGCUUCCAUAAGUAUUUGAUUCAGCGAUGGGCUGUGACAUUAAGAGCAUAUGAAUACAACAUAAUCUACAAACCUGGCAAGGAUCAUGCAAAUGCAGAUGCUCUAAGUCGGUUACCCUUGCCAACAGAAUCUGUCCCUGAACAGGAGGAAAGAGUACUGAUGCUGGAGAAUGCAGACAUAACCUUGAUUACAGCAGAACAAGUGAGAAGUUGGACCCAAAAAGAUCCAGUAUUAUCUAGAGUGAGAGAAAUGGUGCAACGAGGAUCCCUGCAGGAAUUAAUAGGAGCAGAGUUUGACCCAUUCACCUCAAGAAAAGAUGAAUUAAGUGUCCAGGAUGGUUGUGUGCUUUGGGGGGCUCGCGUAAUCAUUCCCAGUGUGGGUAGAUCAGAGGUCCUGAACCAGCUGCAUCAGUGUCACCCCGGAGUGUCUAGGAUGAAAGCGUUAGCCCGGAGUUAUGUGUGGUGGCCUAAAUUGGACCAGGAUGUGGAAAGGUUAGUUAAAACCUGUUGUAUUUGUCAAGAACACAGAAACGUUCCAGCUGUAGCUCCACUGCAUCCUUGGAAUUGGCCAGAAAAACCAUGGCAAAGAUUGCAUGUGGAUUAUGCAGGACCCUUCAUGGGAAAAAUGUUCUUGGUCUUGAUUGAUGCACAUUCAAAAUGGAUGGAUGUGUAUCCUGUGAACUCAGCUACCUCUGCUGCAACCAUUGAAUGCUUACGUACUAGCUUCAGUAACCAUGGACUACCUGAACUGAUUGUAUCAGAUAAUGCUACUUGUUUUGUUAGUGCUGAAUUCAAAGAGUUCCUGAAAAAAAAUGGAGUAAGACAUGUUACUUCGGCACCCUAUCAUGCUUCCAGUAAUGGGUUAGUAGAACGAGCUGUACAAAUUGUUAAAGGCAUGUUAAAAAAAUGUGUUGAAGGAACAAUUGCAACUAAAUUGGCUCGAGUGUUAUUCAGUUACAGGAUUACUCCUCAGACCACCACAGGACUUUCUCCAGCUGAACUGUUGCAUGGACGGAAAUUGCGAUGUUCUUUGGACUUUAUACACCCUGAUUUAACUGGAAAGAUUCAGGAGCAACAACAAAAGCAAAAAGUCCAUCAUGACAAAAAGGCCCAUGAACGUAGCUUUGGUGUUGGAGAUCCAGUACUUGUUCGGAAUUUUACUUAUGGACCGAAAUGGAUUCCAGGGCAUAUUGAGACUGUGACUGGACCACUUUCUUAUAAGGUGAUUCUGGGUGAUGGGAGAGUGGUCCGAAGACAUGUGGAUCAAAUUCAUGCCCGACAAAAAUUGCUUGUACACCUUCCAGAGGAGGUUAUGGACUGUAAAUAUCCUGAUUUGGACUUCUCUGAUAACUCGGCUCCUGUAGUGGCUAAAGAGACUGAGGAAAUAGAGACUGAGGACAUUUCUAGUGAGACUAAUCCCCCUGAAUUAAUUGGGGGUUCUGCUCAACCUGGUGAGAUAACCACUGAAUCACUGACCAAAUCCUUUAGCCCUGUUGUGAGACGGUCACAGAGAACCAAGAAAUUGCCUGGUCAUUUAAAAGAUUAUGAACUGAAGUAAAAAAAACAAAACACAAAUUGUAAAAAAAAAAAAAAAAAAAUUGUAACAUGAUUGUUGAAUGAAAUUUAUUGUAUUGUGAUUUAUGAAGAAAUAUUGUAAACUUGGGGGGAAGGGAGAUGUUAUAGCCUGAGCUAUGGUUUAUUGACCUGCAGGGGGCAAUCUAUUCCCGGUUGACUUGGCUUAAAUACAGCAAAGAAGAAGAUGUUAGUUGUAGAUUUAAUCCACCUGUGACUCUGUGACAUGUGUGUGUGUACUGGUUGCUGAUAGUUCCUCCUGAGUAAAAGUCUUCAUCUUGACCAGAUUCAUCUUGUCUCUCUCUCAAGUUAUUACAGACAUUUAACACAUAUGUAGGGUAAAUUAAAUGCGCACUGUGUAAAGCUAAGCUAGCAGGGUAAUUGAGUAGAUGAAUGCUAUGCUAAUACAUAAGCUAACUAAAAAAAAAC